AUUUGGCAUGGGCUGUGUGGCACUUCUGCGGUGACGCGAUAGACUGUCAGAGAAGCAAGAGACCGAAAGUCAGAGCAUCUUGUACCUACGUCGGAGUGAAGCAGUACUUCAGCAUGUGGCAGGACUCUCUACCUCAGUAGUCAGCCUUCACCACCACCCCCACCCCCCUGCAUCCACAGAGUGGAGAUGACCCAGCCUGACGGGCCCCUGCAUCAUGAACCUCCGCACCACCGGGGGCUCCUCACCCGUGGGCAGCCUGGGCCAUAGCUGGGCCCUCCUGUCCGCAGGCCGUGUGCCCUCCCUGCUGCAGACCAUGGUGCCAGCGGGCUACAGUGCCCUCCAGGAGGAGCGGCUAGUCAUGUCCGAGCUGAGCGGCGGCGGCAGUGGUAGCAACUCCGCCAAGCCCGAUGUGUUACUAAGCAAUGGCUACCACCACCGCGAGAGCCGGAGCCACCGGCAUCUGGAUCGUACGUCCCGCUCGUCGCUGUCGUCAGGCGACCUCGGAGACGGCCGGUACGGCGAGACGCAGCCCAUGCUGCCCAAUGGGGAGCUGUCGGCCGACGAGGACGCCGGAGACGCCGGGGAAGAGGAGGACGAGGAAGACGAAGAGGAGAUGGAGAGGCCAGCCCUGGGCCGCAACAUGCCCAAAGAGUCACCCCUGGCCAUGGCCCUGCAGAUCCUGGUGCCCUUCCUGCUGGCCGGCUUCGGCACGGUCUCGGCGGGCAUGGUGCUGGAUGUGGUGCAGCACUGGGAGGCUUUCAAGAACAUCACGGAGAUCUUCAUCCUGGUUCCUGCGCUGCUAGGACUGAAGGGGAACUUGGAGAUGACCCUGGCGUCUCGGCUGUCCACAGCGGUGAACGUGGGCAAGAUGGACUCGCCCAUCGAGAAGUGGAACCUCAUCAUAGGGAACCUGGCCCUCAAGCAGGUCCAGGCGACGGUGGUGGGCUUCCUGGCGGCCGUGGCGGCCGUGGUGCUGGGCUGGAUCCCCGAGGGAAAGUUCCAGAUGAGUCACGCCGUGCUGCUCUGCUCCAGCAGCGUGGCCACUGCCUUCAUCGCCUCACUGCUCCAAGGCAUUAUCAUGGUGGGUGUCAUCGUGGGCUCGAAGAAAACGGGCAUCAACCCAGACAAUGUGGCCACGCCAAUUGCUGCCAGCUUCGGUGACCUCAUCACGCUGGCCAUUUUGGCGUGGAUCAGCCAGGGGCUUUACAAUUGCCUGGACUCUCACACCGUACGUGUCGUCGGUGGUGUGUGCCUUCUUCCUGUCCCUGACGCCGCUGUGGAUGGUCAUCUCCUCCAAGCACCCGGCCAGCCGCACUCUGCUCUACUCCGGCUGGGAACCCCGUCAUCACCGCCAUGUUCAUACAAGCAGCAUUGGUGGCCUCAUCCUCGACAAGACGGUGUCGGAUCCCAACCUGGCUGGCAUCGUAGUUUACACGCCUGUCAUCAAUGGUAAGACUUGUGCACACACACA